GCACAGUUGGCUACAAAUAGAAAAGUUAUUUUAUGAAUUGUCCACUUAUAUAUAACAACAGUUAUCUGUUAUUAUUAUUAUUUGAGAGCAAAUAUAUAAUAGCAAACAAAGAAGAGAGAGAUUUCAGUUUGCUUUCUUCAUAUUCAUAUAUUUUGUGAGUAUUUGAUUUGAAAGAAAUAAAGAUGGGAUACUGGAAAGCAAAGGUUCUUCCAAAGAUCAAGCAGAUCUUUGAUAAAAAUGGACCCAAGAAGACUGCUGCUGCUGAGGCAUGCAAGACUUUUGAUGAAGCUAAGGAGGAGUAUAGCAAGGAGUUUGAAGAGAAGAAGACUGAGCUUCAACCCAAAGUUAUUGAAAUUUAUGAAGCUGCUGCAGUUGAGAUCAAGAGUUUAGUGAAGGAACGAAAGGGUGCAGGGCUGAAGAAAAACUCAGAUGGGGUUCAGAAAUUCCUUGAUGAGCUUGUCAAGAUUGAAUUUCCGGGAUCAAAAGCUGUUAGCGAAGCAAGUUCAAACUUUGGGCCUUCAUAUGUAUCCGGCCCAAUUCUGUUUGUGUUGGAAAAAGUUUCCACUUUUAUAGUCGUCACAGAAGAUAAGAAGGGAGAGGAACCCGCAGCUGCUGCUGAUGACGUGCAUGCAACAGCCACGUCGGUGAAGGAGAAGGAGAUAGUUAUUGAGGAGGCUGGAGAAUCAAACAAGGAUGAAGAACCUGCUGCUGACGUGACACCUACAGUCAAGGUGGAAGCACCUGCUGACGUGACACCUGCAACUAAGGUGGAAGAAGCACCCAAGGCGUGAUGAUCCAAUGUACUAAAAUUAUGUGCCGAGUCCGGAGAAGGACCAAAGGCUUGAUGAAUAUAUAUAUAUAUAUAUAUGUAUACUUCAAUUUGUCUCUGUGUCUAAAAAUUGCUUUUUUAUUUUUAUUUACUGUGAGAAACUUGAUUUAUUAUUCUUUUGUUAGUGUUCUCUCUUUCUUUGUACAAUAUUAUCUCAUGAACAAUGUCUUGUGUACGUAUUUUUAUUCUCACAUUUGAUUCUUCAAUACUACAGUAAGACGAUGUAUAAGUUGAUUUGA